GUGAGGAAUGCGACGCCGCGUUGCCAUCGAAACCCUUAUUUCUCGCCACAAGCGAAGAAGCGAGGCGACGAGACAGGGAGGAGAAAGAAGAGGAGAGGAGCGGAGCGAAGGCGUGUUACGGCUUCUCGCCUCUACCAAUCCUAUCUCCCUCCCUCGCCCUCUCGUCCUUCUUUCUCUCCUGUUUUCUCAUGGAGUCUUCGGUGGCGACCUGCGCGGAUGACCCGGCGGUGGACUCCGCCGCCUCCGCCACGCAGGAGAAAGAGGGGCUCUAUGGCCAUGUUGACCCUUUCCUGCUCGAGAUCCUUGAAAAUUCUCGCCAUCGGCUUGCAGUUCUGCGAAUGGAGUUGGACAUUCAGAGAUUCAUGCAGAAUCCUCAAGAACAACAGUUUGAAUUUCAACAUUUACCAACUUCUUAUCUGAGAUGUGCUGCUCAUCGUGUUGCCCAACACUACGGUUUACAGACGAUGGCAGUUGAUAAUCCUUUGGAUGGGUCAUGCAGCAGAGUUGUUGCGAGGAAAAUGUCUAAUAGUAAUUAUCCGGCUGUUUGUUUGUCAGAAAUACUGGCAAAAGUUCCUAACAAGGAUACGACUGAGCAGAUUAAGAUUGCCAUUCGCCAAAGACCCAAGACAGCUUCUUCAGGUGAUGGGUUGGAUCCAGGUUUAAAAAGUGAGGUGAGAACCGUAGAAGAGCGGAAGGAAGAAUAUGACAAAGCUCGAGCCCGUAUCUUUAAUGGUUCAAAUAACUCUGAAGUUGAAGGUUCUCUUGCUUCAUCUGAUGGCAUAAGUUUGUUCUUACGUAGAUACGAUGAAUACCAGAGAAAUGAUGAAGAAAUUGAGAAAAACAUUUAUAAUGAUGGUGCUUCCAGAGUAGCCGUUUUCAGAGACAAGGAAAAGGAUCGCUGUGAUCCAGACUAUGACCGGAGUUAUUCAAGCUAUGUCAGAGGGCUCUCACUUCCUCAGUAUUUUAAUCUGCAGGCUUGCAGCGUUAUUCAGCCUUCAUCGCUGCAGCGUCAUGGAAGCAUUUCUCAGUUUGGCGACUUCAGUCAUUUGCCGAGGAACCAAAGUCAUCUGAGCUACCACAUGCCUAACCCAGCCACUGUCAACCCAUAUGCUGUUGGAUGCAAUCAGAACACAGAAGAUGUUGUAUACGUGCAAUGGCACGGCCCUACAACGAUGUAUUCAAGCACAUAUGAGCAUCUUGACCACGCAAUGUUCCAGGCUCCGUUCUAUCAGCAUCACUUGGGCUUUGAAGGCACCCAGAACUGCUAGUGGUAUAUCUUCUCGUCAAGUUAAGAAAAACCAAGAAACAUUUUGUUUGAAUUCAGAAUUCAGAAUUCGUAGAGAUGCUGUCUUUGAUACUCUCUCCGGUUAGGGAAGGAUACUGUGUGAUAUACUCAUUCUAGUUAGAAAAAUCUUUAGCACUUGACCUGUGACGUUUCUUUGCUUGCUAUACACCACUUCAGUGUUAUUAUUA